UCAGCGAUAACACGCAAAUUUCCACAAGCACGCUACACGCCCACCACAAACUGGGAUGAUGAUCCAUUUCGCAUUAAUGCGUCAUCAGCCACCAAUACAAAUGGUAAUUGCAAGAAAGUGCCACCACCACGUCCGCCGCCACCCAAAGUGCAGGUGAAUGGCCGCAAAGCUCCACUGCCGCCUUCGACGCACUCAACAAAAUUGUUAAGCAACAUAUUCAGGAGCAAGAAAAACAGCAACAGUAGCAGCAGCAACAACAAUAACAAAGCAAGUAAAAUAUAUGGUGUCAGCAGUGGCGUCUACGCCACCAACAAUGUCGGAGUUACAACAACAACCAACAGCAGUAGCAGUAACACAAACGCCUGGGCUGCUGUCACUUCCACUGCAGUAAAUGGCAACAGCGGCGGCAACAGUUGGCAGGCGAACUGGAACAGCAGUUACACAUCGACGUCGCUUACGUCUUUGGCUGUUGGCAAUAGCAGCGCAAGUGCGUCCGGCGUAGCGGAAGCACAGCUUAUCAGUUUCGACUCGCCGCCAAGUUCGCCAACAUUUACACAGAAAUCGAAUAGUGAUUGCCUCAGCGUCGAUAGUUUCAGCUCUGAUUCGAAUUUCAGUUCGCCCAACAAUGGCAGCGUCUCUCAACCGGAAAGUGGUUUCGAGGAUGAUUUCAGCGCGCGCAGCCGUCCAGCCACAACGAGUCCCCUCGAUCCAUGGGAGGCUUUCGAUAGCGGUUUCAACACUGCUACCGAUAGUAUUUACGGCAGCACAGCCGCUACGAGUACCAUUGGCACUGCGCCAGUACGCAAUCUCAACACAAUCAACACACGCAUCCAGUCCAGCAACGACAAUCCGCUUUGCAAUGGCAAGAGUCUUUUACCGCCGACGCCCACUCUUAGUGUGCCAACGAUUAUCAAACCGAAAAUAUCGCAGAAGCCACGUGCGCCCAAGCCGCCAGUGCUGCCGAAGCCGCAGCUAGCGUAUGGUGGGGAAGAUACGCCACCAACACCGCCAUCACCACCCAUGCCGCUGUGUGCGCCACCACCGCCACCAAUAAGCGUUUCAUUACUGGACGUGAUAUCGGGAAAAGCGGAUGCACUGCAACUGGGAGGUGGUGGUUCAUGCUUUGGCAGCGGUAUGGAGGAAACGAGACCAUAUGGCGUGGCUUUGUACGACUUCGAAGGUAUCGAAGAGGGUGAUCUUAAUUUUAGGGAAAAUGAGAAAAUCUACUUACUGGAACAGAUGAGCGCCGAAUGGUAUCGUGGUCGUACGCGCUCUGGCUGUGAAGGUAUCUUUCCAGUAAACUAUAUCGAUGUAAAAGUGCCAUUGGAUGAGGUGGCGUCGACGAUGGCUCCUGGUAGCCAACAACAAAUAAGCAAACCGUUACGCGUAAGAUGUCUUUACAAUUUCCCAGCUGAAUGCGAUGGUGACUUGGCUUUGAAG